AUACAUAUAUAUAUAUAUAUAUCCACACUCAAAAUGAGAAACUUUAACAUCAGCCAUGUGCUGAUCGGCCUAUUAAGCUGCCUCAUUCUGGUGGCCAGUGGACAAUACGAGCAUUAUCUGGAUAGCCUGAGAUCAAACGAACUCUAUGAAUUCAUUGAGGGACAAUCGGGAUCAAUACAAUUUUUGGCUAAGGGCGAUAGUGAGCAAUCUCUGCUGCAAUUGGAGCAUCCAAUCAGUUUCUAUGGCGAAAAAUAUGAACAGCUUUAUAUCAAUACCAAUGGCAUUUUGACAUUUAAUGUUGAAUUUUCCGAGUACUUGAAUCAACCAUUUCCUUUGGAAUAUCCUUCCAUAGCGGCCUUCUAUUCGAAUGUGGAUACCACAAAUAGUGACGAUGGCACUUACAUUUCCCUCUUUGUGACCACCGAUGAGGGCAGCUUGGAUAAGGCUCAGCAAUUGGUCCGUUAUGCUUACAGCGAGCAGGCGGAAUUUGAGGCAAAGCAAUUGAUUGUGGCCACGUGGCAGAAUGUGGGCUAUUUCGAUUCAAAGACGGAUAAAGUGAAUACCUUCCAGGUGGCUUUGAUAGCCAAUGAUGAGCAGACUUUUGUACAGUUCAUCUAUCCCGAUGGUGGCCUCAAUUGGCUACAGGGUGAAGCUGGUGUACAGGGACUACCCGAUAUACGUGCCCAAGCUGGUUUUGUGGCCGAAGAUGGCAGACAUUUUAAUCUAAAUGGUUCUGGUUCGGAAAAUGCCCGUUUCUUAAGCGAAAGCACUAAUCUAGGUGUUCCCGGUGUAUGGCUCUUUGAGGUGGCUCCUCUCAAUCCCGAUCAGAAUGUUGUGCCACCAAAUAAUGCUGAAUCACGUACUGAAUCGCCAGCCUUGGCCCAGACUUGCCAGGCCAGUGGUCAUCAGUGUGAUACUCAUGCCCAUUGCCAUGAUAAAGCCGAGGGUUAUUGUUGCGUCUGUCAAGAGGGUUUCUAUGGCAAUGGAAAAUCGUGUCUGGCCAAUGAUGUGCCCAUACGUGUAACGGGUAGUCUGUCAGGUCAAUUGAAUGGCCAGGAUGUUGACUCCUGGGGCGCCAAGUUGCAAUCGUAUGUGGUGACCACGGAUGCCAGAUCCUACACGACCAUUAAUCCUUUGACCGCCGAGCAAGGCGCCCAAUUGAGAUUGAUUUCGCCACUGUUGACCACCAUCUCCUGGCUAUUUGCCAAGUCCAUCAAUGGUGUGGCUGUGAAUGGUUAUCACUUGACUGGAGGACAAUAUCAGCAUACAUCCAGGAUACAAUUUGAAUCGGGUGAAAAUCUGUUGGUCAAUCAAACCUUUGAGGGUCUGAACUAUUGGGAUCAGUUGUCGGUGAAAGUGGAUCUGUAUGGUGAGGUGCCCACAGUAGAUGUUGGAGCUCAACUCCAUUUGCCCGACUACACGGAUGAGUAUCGCUUUGUGAGGCCUGGAGAAUUGGAAUCCGUUCAAUCGCAUCAAUUGGAAAUCAACGAAGAGGGACAAACCCGUGUGAUUGGCUUCAAGGUGGAUCAACGUAUUGCCUAUCAGAGUUGUUUGCGCGACGAUGAACCCGAUCCCACAGAGACAAGUGUCCUGGAGAAGGUCUCGAAAAUUGCCCUGGACUAUGUGGCCAGAGAUCAGGCCUUGAGAAGCAGCGCUUUGAGUAAAAUUGGCGUUGAUACCGAGUCGAAUGCUUGCACCGACGGCUCUGCCCAGUGCGGUGAUAAUGCUGUCUGUGUACCCUAUGAGGAUACUUAUCGCUGUGACUGUCGUCAUGGCUACUCUGCGGUGGUGGAUGAGCGUGGUCUUGAGAUCUGUGAGGAUAUUGAUGAGUGUGCUCUGGGUACUCAUGUCUGCGAUCCGAAUGCCUUCUGUGCCAACAGCGAGGGAGGCUUCACCUGUGUAUGCUACGAUGGUUUCGAGGGCAAUGGCUAUCGUUGUCUUAUCAAUAGCUCUGCUGCCGACAACAUUGAAUACUCUACCCCAGCCCAGAGGCCAGAAGAGUCAUAUCCACCAAGUCCACCAAAUCCAGAACCCACUGAACCACAACCAGACUACAAUAGCCAGGAACAGGAGCCCCAACAGCCUCAGCAGCCCUCAGAACCCAAACCCCUGCCAUCUCAUCUGGAUGAGUGCUAUCGCUGUUCCCCCGAUGCCGAUUGCUAUGAAGGUCGCUGCAGUUGCCGUGAUGGCUUCUCUGGUGAUGGCUAUCAAUGCGAACACAUUUGUGGACACGAUGAAGUCUGGGAACAAGGUCGUUGUGUCCCGCUUCUUUUGUCCUAUGAACUCGAACCCGAAUGCAAUUUCCUGGGCGAGUGCCACUGCAUCGACGGCUAUGAACUGACUGACGAUGAAAAACUCUGCAGAUAUUUGGGUGGUUAUGAGGUCGAGAAGAACGAUGAUUUGGUGCCUUGCGAUGUGGAUGCCAAUUGUCAUAUCAAUGCCAGUUGCAAUUGGUUUGAACAUGAAUUGCGUCAUAUUUGCACCUGCAUUUCUGGCUUCAGUGGUGAUGGCUACAACUGUGAGCCCAUCGAUGAUUCUUGUGCCAUAAAACCUGAGAUCUGCGAUGCCCAUGCCACCUGCAGUUAUAGUGAGGAAUUGGGUAAAUCGGAAUGCGUAUGCCAGCGUGGUUAUCACGGCGAUGGCUAUCGUUGCCAGCUGUCACCGGAAUGCCAAUCUUCGGAGCAUUGUGGUGAGAAUGCCUAUUGCGAUGACGGCGUCUGCCAGUGCAAUGAGAACUUCGAGAGGGAUGUGAGCGACACAUGUGUACAGGCUGGACGCUGCGGCAAUGAUUUCUGUGGCUCGAAUGCCAUCUGCAAAUGGGAUUCAUUGCGUGAUAUUCAGUAUUGCGAUUGUUUGGAUGGCUAUCAAUUCGAUGUUCUCUCUGGUUGUACCAGCAAGCCUACCUACUGCAAUGUUAGGAAUAAUUGCGGCAUUCAUGCCACCUGUGAGCCAACAGAGGAUCCCGCCAUCUAUGAGUGCCAGUGUAUUGCUGGCUACCGUGGUGAUGGUUAUGUCUGCAUUGAGGAACAAAAUUGUCUAAACAAUCCUACACUGUGCGACAUGAAUGCCAAGUGUCAUUCGACCAACAAUGGCCUGGUCUGUGCCUGUAAUCAGGGUUUCUAUGGCAAUGGAUCUGUUUGCUUUGAACGUCAGCAACAUGAGGCUGAUUUCCUUAUCGUUAGCCAGGGAGUGGUUAUUGUACGAGUGCCCCUGAAUGGACGCAACGUCAUUCCCAUAUCGGUGGCCUCCAUGGCAAUUGGUCUGGACAAGGAUUGUGUGGAGGGACGUGUCUAUUGGGGUGAUAUCUCAGCCAAGAAGAUAAUGAGUGCCAAAUACGAUGGAACCGAUUCCAAGACAUUCAUUAGCACAGAUGUUGAAUCACCGGAGGGUAUUGCCAUUGAUGUAGUGUCGCGUCGCCUCUACUGGACAGAUUCUGUGAAGGAUACCAUUGAGGUGGCUAGUUUGGAUGAUCCUUCAUUGAGAGCUGUCAUUAUUAACAAGAAUUUAGUCAAUCCUCGUGGUAUCGCCAUCGAUCCGUAUAGAGAAAAACUCUUCUGGUCUGAUUGGGAUCGUUCGUCUCCCAAAAUCGAAAUCUCCGAUUUGGAUGGCACUGGACGAGAGAUUUUGCUUGGCAAGGAAGGUGUGAAUUUGCCAAACUCCCUAGUGGUUCUUGAACAUAGUGGAGAACUAUGCUUUGCCGAUGCUGGAACCAAGAAAGUGGAGUGCAUUAAUCCCGAAAGUCGUCAAGUCCGCACAAUUUCCAAUGAGCUUAACUAUCCAUUUGGUCUCACCUUUACCCAUGAUCAAUUCUAUUGGACCGAUUGGAGCACCAAAAAGUUGGAAAUUGUCGAUAGUCUGGGCACCAGACAGACUCCUAUCCAAACUCCCUUCUUUGGCAGCCAUAAAAUGUAUGGUAUGACUGCAGUGGAACAGAAUUGUCCUCAAUAUCAGAGUCCAUGCCAGAAUAAUAAUGGUGGCUGUACGGAUUCUCGCCUUUGUUUGGCCAAUCGUAAGGCACCAUCAGGCAAGAGUUGCAAGUGUACAAGCUUAUCCACCAGCUGCAGCCAACCUGUAGGACCGUAUCCCCAGCUUUAAAGGGAUAUCUUGAAAUUAAAAUCACAAAAAAAUAAAAAUGAAAUUAUUUUUGGAUAAGUAUACAAAGAAGCAGCAGAAGUUGACUUAACAAAACCAACUAACCAAGUGCCAUUUUUUGUGUAUGUAAAGCUACUCAACUUAAUAAAACAAGAAACACUUAA